GCAAAAUGUUUGGUGGUGCUUCUUCUGUUCGCUUGGUGACGCUUUGUGUGCUGUUCAGCUCGAUGGCUGCCAGCGAGGCGGCAAGAUUACGCUUUCCGGGUCCUGUGCUGCAGCGUCAGGAGGCAGCGCCAUAUCCAGCAGCUGGUGCAACGCCUGAUCCACCAUUUGAGUUGCCCACUGAGCAGGAGGCAAACUUCCCUCAGCCAGACUUGACUUAUGGUCCACCCGAGGAGCCGGAGUUGGUGUAUGGGCCACCAGAGGAGCAACCCGAGCUGGUUUAUGGGCCACCAGAGCAGCAACCUGAGCUAGUUUAUGGGCCACCAGAGGAGCAACCCGAACUGGUUUAUGGGCCACCAGCUGACACUUAUGGCCCUCCAGCUGCAGAAGUGCUGCCUGAUCAGACCUACGGGCCACCAGCGAGUGAUGAUGCCAAUGCUGCAGCGCAAAGUGCAGCCACCAUCAGUUUGGCCAGCUUGCGACCUGCGGCACAGUUUGUCCUUCCUCUCGUGCAACGUUUCAACACUUUCCGGCAGCUGCGUCGUCCAGCGACUUCGUCACAGCGCAGACCCGCAAAGUUGACGGCACGGCCACAGCGCAGACCGGCAAAAAUCGUUACGGGUAACGCAGCUAUCUUUCCAGCCACUCAAUUGACACUUCCGUUUGUCGAGCGUCGCAUUCCCUUUAGACCUGCGCGCCUAAUUUUGAAUGCGCCAUUGAAGCGAAAGCCAGCGAAAUUAACGGUUAAUUCACUAGCACAAUUGACGCCAGCUAUACGUAGGCCUAUUAUAUCGGGUGGUCGCAUUAUUGCCUAUUCUGACAGAGCGCAGAACUGGUAAAUAAUUAUAGCACUUGUAAAAUAUGAUCUUAAUAAA